CGUCACGUCCGCAACAAGCACCAAACGUGGGAGCACGUGCUUUCAUAAGCUUCAGAAUGUGCAAUGAGUGGUUCCCCUGCCUGGGCGGGAACCGGGGACGCAGUGACGGCAGCUACGUGUGUCCGGAGUGCGGGAAGCGCUACCGCUACUUGCGCGGGCUGCAGCAGCACAGGCGCUACGAGUGCGGGCAGGAGCCGAGGUUCAAGUGUCCGUACUGCCCACGUCGCUGCAAACCAGCCGGUCAACCUCAAGAGUCACCUGAAGCGCUGCAAGAACCUCCCGAGGACAUUGUCUCUGUGAUAACUAGCCUAUCCGCCAACACUAUGUGCUGUUUCUCUGAAGUUAAAGCAGAGGAGUCAGAGUGGCCCAAACGCAAACGGAAGGGCAGGAAGGCUCUGCCACUCCCCGAGGGUUGUGGGGUCGACGGUAACAACUGUGGUCGUUGUGGGAAAGUCUACAAAAACAUGGAGGGGCUACGUGCACAUCUGCGGUAUUACUGCGGACAACAGCCCAAGUUCUCCUUAUAUCGACCGGGAGUGUUCAGUUGCCCAACGUGUGGCAAGGCGUACAACACUCAGCCCGGACUGCGCAACCAUAUCAAGCUCUACUGUGGCCAAGCGCCACGCUUCGAGUGCGCCAAGUGCCACAAACGGUUCUACCAGAAGGUCCAUGUGCGCAGUCACAUGUUUUCCGUACAUAAGGUUGCCGCUUUCGAGCUGAAGGAUGUCGUCGAGGCCAAGCAGUAG